CGGGACUGUCCCUCGGGUCAGCUGAGCAAGAAGAAGUUUAUCGAGGUCUACUCCAGCUUCUUUCCCACCGGUGAUGCGGACCAAUUCUGCACUCAUGUUUUCCGCACCUUCGACAAGGACAAUUCGGGUAAAAUUGACUUCAAUGAAUUCCUCCUGGCUAUCAACAUCACCUCCGGUGGACAACCAAAGGAGAAGUUGGAAUGGGCCUUUCAGAUGUAUGACAUUGAUGGCAACGGCACCAUCGAGAAGAAGGAAAUGACCGAAAUUAUAAAGGCCAUCUAUAGUAUGUUAGGGGCGAAUGAGGCAACAGUUGAUCUAACUCCUGAGGCACGAACAGAGGAGAUAUUCGAGAAGAUGGACUCCAACCAUGAUGGGGUGUUGACACGAAAGGAGUUUAUGGACGGCUGUAUGGCAGAUCAACAACUCUACUCCAUGCUACUGGCAGACGAGUCCAACUCGAACAGUUAA